UGAUGAUUGAAAGUGGUGGUACCUCUGAAAAUGAAUAAUUUGAAAGAUCGCGCUUAGGUUCCACUCGCGCCAAAGGUCACGAGAAAGCGGCACCAUCAUGAGUGAAGUGCAGGCCAUCGUUGAGAAGCUCAACAAGGAUCCGUUCAACCACAACUUCACACUGGUGGCAUUUGAUGAAAAGUCCAACUUUGAACUCCUCCAAGUGCUCAAUGAAGUGUUUGCCGAGAUGGAUUCGCGGCAUAAAAUCGAUAUUCGUGACGAACUGGACGAGCAACGCACGUACCGCUACAUGGAGACGUUGCAGUUGCUCAAGUACCAGCUACCCCCCGACAUAGAUUCGUUCCGAGAAGGGCUGAGUCAUGGCGAGCGCUACGUCGUGUACCCGAUUCUAUACUGGGCCCUGAAAAACUUCAAUGUGCACAAGAAACGAGCAUACUUGGGUCGAUUCCUCGCUCCAUUGCAAGUCCCCCAAGAAUUUCUCGGGAAUGACUCGUUGAACACGAUGCACGAACACUACAAGGCGCUGCAAAACGAAUUCAAAGGGGUCCACAAACAAGUGGAGCAGCUGCGCACGAGCAAGAUCCGUCCGGGCGAGCUGCGCAAGGAGAUCACGCAGCUCGAGGAAGAGUCGCACCAACUCAGCGAAAAGAUCGCGCAUUUGAAGAAGAAGACCGCUAGCGAGACUGGCUUCAAAGACAUCUUGGAAGCCACGAGCUCCCUGCGCAAGGAGCAAGAGGAGCAAGCCAAGCUGUCCGAACGGAAGCGGGACCAGAUGAUGGGCCUCAAUAUGGCCGAGAAGCGGAGCCGCGAGUACGAGCAUCGCGUGAGCGAAAUGCGCGCGGCCAUCAACACCGACAUGCAGCCGGACCAGCUGUUUGACCAACUGCAGUCGCAAGUGGACCGCCAUCGCGACAUUCUCGUCAACAAGUUCCCCGCAGAGUUCCGCAUCCAGCAGGAGAAGCUGCAGCACCUUGAGGCGGCGCUGAACGAACCCGCCAAGACGGAAGGGGACAUUGCCGACAUGGAGGACGAGAUUCAGAACCUCAAGUCGUCCAUCCAGAACCUCACGGAGCAAUUGAACGACGCCCAACGCGCGGCUGGAGACGACAAACUGGCCAUCUUUCGACAACAUGCCAACCUUCAAACGAAGAAACUGAACGACAAGCUGGACGAGUUGGCGGCCGCAAAGCACGAGAAACAAACGCUCCAGCGGCAGUUGGAAGAGCAGGAAGCCAAGAUGGCCGAGGUGUCCGGCCCCAAGUUUAUGAAGCGAGAAGAGUUCAAGCAGUACGCCAACACGCUGCGCAACAAAACCAACCAGUACAAGAAGAUGAAGGCCGAGCUGGCGGAAAUCACCGCCGAAAGCGUCGUGCUGCAUCGCACGGAGCAAGUGCUCAAGUCUCGCGACUCGGACUUGGACGGGCUGCUCAAGGAGAUCGAAGCCACCAAGGGCGUCAUGGGGUACAUGGACACGCAAGGCAAGCUGAACGAAAUAUCCGAGCGCAACGCCCAAGUGAACGCGUUCAAGGGCGAAACGCUCGAAGAGAUCUCGCGUAUUGUCACGGACAUCAACCAAACGUUGAAAGAACGCAAGAACCAACUCGCACCGCAGAUCAAGGACUUGCGCGCCGUGCGCCAAAAGUACCAAGAGAUGGAGCAAACGUACUUGGAAAAGAAAGCUCAGUACGACAACACGGCUGUGGGGCUCGAAACCGAGCGCAUCAAGCUCGAGCAAGAGUGCGCGGCAUUCCAAGACGACUGUUUGCGCGAAGAGAGCCAAUUCCACCAUCUCAACUGCCAAAUCGAAAUCGAAAUCGCCAAGCUCGACAAGGUCACUCAAGAGGAAGAGUUUGAAAAAGGCAACGGCAAACUCCUGCGCGACUUUCGCACGUUCCAAGAACUGUACAAGAACAAAGUCAACCAGCAAGAGUCCCUCACCAAGGAACUGCGCAAGCAGCAAAAGACGCUCAAGACGAACCUCGGCGACUACGUCGUCCAACGAGGCUUGUUCGAUCAGCUGUUGAAACUCCUCCAGUGCAAGAUCAAACUCACCAAGUCGGAGCAAGACAUCACGCUCAAGCAAGACUUUACCAACGCCGACAUUGCGCAGUUCGACGUUGGUGGCGCGGACGUUAUGACGAUCGAGUCGUAGAUCAUGCAUGUAUUAAUACCUGGGUUUCUUCCAAGUUCGAGUAUAAUUCCAAAAUAAUGAAAAGAUUUCCCGCG